UGUCUUGAAGACUUGGAUCCUGUUGUUGCAGCACUUCAAAGAGAGUUUGAAACCGGGAAGCUACAAAGAGAUACAUUUUAUAAGACCGUGCAAAAUGCUUUAGAAUUUGCCCCAAAAUAUGCCCGCCAAACCCAAAAUGUAAUUUCUUCCGCUGAAGAUAUACCGUAUGUUGCAGUACCUACCAGGGUAAGUAUCCUUGAGGUAAUAUUAUGUUAAGAAAACUAAGUGGUUUAUUGAGGUUCACUGGGUUUCCGAACAUGAAUUGCGAGGAAGCUGUUUUCCAUAAGCCCAAUGGUUUCUCUUAAGGCUUCCUAGCCACUUUCUUCUUUGCAUUUCGUUUUAAAUUUUUUCUUUUGUGCAUUGUGUGGCUAAAAUAAAUAGAAGAAAACACUUGUCCACGGACCAAGUGCUUUAUUGUUUCCGAGGUUUUCACUUUUUUUGAACUUUUCAAAUUGUUUCUAAAUCAGGGAUAAGCAUUUAGUGCAAGUCUGAAUGUUUCAAGAUCGCAGCUUCUAGUCAAGGAUUCUAAAAACAAAAUAAAAAUAAAAUUUUAAAUCGAACAGAAACAUUCUGGACAAGAGGCAACCAACUGACUAUUUUAGACCACACAACGUGGUCUAGGAUACUAGGGUAAUGUUGUUAUUCAGUCCCUAAAUUGUUUCUCGUGACAGAUUGUACUGAAAGGCAAGGUGUUUGUGACCGUUGCGCUCCUCUUGGUCAGAAGUUUUAUGAAAGAUGCCUUGGAGCUUGUGACACCUGUGUCAAGGCUGGCAUCCAGUGUAAGAAACUUCUUGUCCUUACUUGGUUUGCUGACUGCGAGGAGAACAACAAAAAGGCAAUGAAGAUUAUGAUAUCCAGCGAAGAUGAAAAUCUCCUGUUCCUCCAACCUUAACUGAAGCUGUUCAUGUUGGAAAGUGUAUGAAGUCCAGUUUUGCGAACUGGUUUCUCCUUUAUGACGAACUUGCGAGCAUUGUACAAUGACUGCUCAGAUGUGGUGAAAAAGCCCUGCCGCAGGCUGUAACCUUAAGUGCAGUCCGCAACAGAUAGGAUGUCAGUACAUGAUCUGCUGCUAAUCACCCAAGACCAUCCUGUAAAAGCUGUCUCACAAAUCGCAUCAAUUGUCCAAAAAGUGGUGCUCGAAACUUUUCACCUACAUAAAGGGAAUUCUGUGGUGUUUUGGAGCACAGAAAGGAGGCAACAAAGCAACUUCUUGCCCAUAAGCAAGAAGUUGAGGAAGAAGAACUAAAGGGCUGAGACAGACCAUGAGGUCGCUGAAGCAAGAAAGGCAGUUGCCCUUAUGGACCUACAGGCUAAGCUUACCGCAGAAAUGGAAGGAAGGUUAACAGACAAGGAAAUAUCACCUACAAUUAAGUCAACACCAUUCAGUCAUGCACCACCUUCACGUGACAAUACUACUUAUACUUCAGGGAACACCAUCAUCCAUUCCUCAUCUAUAGCCUCUACCCAAGUCACUGUCACCCAUGUAAAUUCCACCGGGACUACUGUUUCACUCUCAACCACAGCGAGCGGUCUGAACUCCCUUGUGCUGAGAAGUAGUACUCCUUCAAAGCCACCCUUUUAUCCUCCACCUGUGACACCAAGUCCUUUGCGCCAGCCACUACCCGAGUAACUGUCAUGCCCGUAAACACCACCGGGACUACUGUUUCACCCUAGCCACAGCGAGCCGCCUAAACUUUUCAGUACUGAGCAGUAGCACUUCAUCAAAAUUCUACCAGUCUUCACCUGUAACGCCAAGUUGUUUCACACCAGCCCCUACCCAAGUAACUGUCACGCCUGUGAACACCCUUGGUACUGUUGGUACCCUCAACUACAGCAAGCGGUCUGAAUCUACCUGUCCUGAGCACCAGCACUCCUACAAAAGUUUGCUUACAGUGCUACUCGAGCUCUAACAAAGUUAAAAUCUAGGAAGUGUUUGUCACAAAUCAAUCAUUGGAACAUUGUCAGUAUGGCAGAACGGCUGCUAAGGCCACUUUAACACAAGCUUGCCGCACUGGCCUAUGACUUGGAAACAAAGGGCCAACAUUUCCCAACCCUGACGGAUUUUGUUGCCUUUGUGAACAAGCAUGCGAGCAUCGCGAACCAUCCUGUCAGCUGCAAACCCCAGCGCAGAUUCACCGCAGCAACCCUUCCACAAAUAAAGGCAAGCCGUCUGACAAGAAAAGGGAAAGGGAAAUUUGUAGAUGCACAGUGAACGUUAACAAUCACAGCAAUCUGGCUGAACCAAUUGAUGAGGACCCUGACAUUACGAAAUGUAUGAUGAACGUUACCAAUCAUAGCGACCCUGACAAGAAGCCAACCAAGCAGUCCCCAAAAAAG